AUGACAAUGCACCCCGCACAACAGAUGCAACACGUGCAACAGAUGUCUACUUGCUGCGAGUUAUGUAGUGAAGGUCACACAAGUGACAUAUGUCCCGUGAAUCCUGAAUCCAUCUACUACAUGGGGCAACAAGCUAGCGGGCCGAUGAAUCAACAUGCUCAAUAUGGUAAAACAUACAAUCCGAACUGGAGGAAUCAUCCUAACUUCUCUUGGGGUGGAAAUCAGAAGAUCAGGCCUCAAGCGAAUUACAAUCAUCCACCUCAACCUCCACAGCAAGCAGAAGAGAGUUUGACUGACGUGAUGAAAAGGCAUUUGAUAGACAAUCAGAAAGUUAUGACUGAGAAUCAACAAUUCAGGGCUGAGAAUCAACAAUUACGCACAGAGUUCAGAAAUCUAGAGAGACAGUUUGGGCAAAUGGCUAACAAUCAGAAUACUAGACCUGCUGGAGCUCUCUCGAGUUAUAUUGAGCAUAAUCCUAAGGCUCAAGUCAAUGGCGUUACCUUGAGAAAUGGAAGAGAAUUAGAAGAAGUUUCAGAGAAAAAGAAGUAUACAACGAGUCCUGAAGGAAAAUUAAUUCUUAAGCCAGUUGAGGAGAAUGAGAAAGAAAAUAAAGGAUCAGAGCCAAUAAAUAUGACAAGGCCACCACCUCCGUUUCCACAAAGGCUGCAAAAGCAAAAAUAUGAUGACUAUGAAGUGCCAAAGUAUACAAGGUAUCUCAGAGAUAUUGUGGCAAACAAGCGAAGACAUACAGAGUUUGAAACAGUUGCACUUACUAAAGAGUGCAGUGCUAGAUUUCAGAGUAAGCUUCCUCCUAAGUUGAAGGAUCCUGGGUGUUUCACAAUUCCUCUAUCUCUUGGAAAACAAGAAGUUAGUAGAGCCCUGUGUGAUUUAGGGGCUGGUAUAAAUUUGAUGCCAUCCUCGUUGUUCAAGCAACUCGGAUUGGGGGUGCUUAGACCUGCUACAAUCACUUUACAGUUGGAUGAUAAGUCACUAGCAGAUGAGGAAGUACCCAUUAUUUUGGGGCGACCAUUUUUAGCUACUGGUGGAGCGCUUAUUGAUGUUAGGGAAGGGAAGUUGAAGAUGAGAGUUGUCGAUGAGGAAAUCACUUUUAAUGUGUACAAGGGGAGAGAGCAGAGUCCUUAUAUGAAUUGUAGUGAUUUGGAUGGGACAAUUGAGUUGGAAAAGGUGGUGUUGCAAGCUGGGUGUGUAAGGAUGAUUGAGAAAAGAGCCAGAGAUGAAAGAGGAGACCUUCUGAGAGCGUGUAAAAAGGCUAUACUUGAUGGGAGAAAGAAGAGGAGAAAGCACCUAGCCUGA